AUGGACCUUUCUAGACCCAGGUGCAGAGUCUGGAGGGAACUGGUCCUUGUGGCCAGUCUGCUGGCCUGUGGGAUCCGCCAGGCCUCCAGCCAAAUCUACAUCGCCCCAGAUUCACUCAUCGGAGUGGAAAGAUAUUCAAGCUCACUGGCCGUCGAGAAUGCCCCUGAAGAUGUUCAGGAAUACAGCUGGCACCGGGGUGCAAAUGACACUGAGGAAAAUCUGAUUAUCAGCUACAACACCACAUCUCAUUCCAGGCGGGAUGGGCCCAUGUACAGCGGCCGGGAAAGUGUGUCCAUUAGAGGUACCCUGAGGAUCUGGAGGUCACAGUUAAAUGACACGGGGAACUACACAGUGAGGGUGGACACCAUCAGUGACACCCAGAAAGCAACUGGCUGGCUCGAGGUUCGAGAGUUGGAAAUCCCGCAAAUCUCAGUCAACACCACCUCCGUCGUAGAUGGUGAGGAUGCGGUGGCUGCCACUUGCUACACCAAUGACAGCCACAUCCAGUGGUAUGUGAAUUAUGUACCGGUGUCCGGCAAUUACAGGAUGACCAUCUCCCCGGACAACAAGACCCUCGUCAUCCGAAUGUUCGGCCGCUUCGACUCACCACUUCAGUGCGGGAUAGAAAUUCUCCCAGAGCUUAUUCAGAAAAGUGACCUCGUCUAUGUGACAGUGGCCUAUGGGCCUUACAGUCUGCUGCUCAGCAGUAGUCCCACUGACUUCAACGGCAUCCUGUCUGCUGAGAUCGGCUCCCAGGUGGAGAUGGAGUGCAUCUCCUAUUCCAGACCAGAAUCCAAGUACCGCUGGAUCCACAAUGGCUCCAUCCUGAGCUUCUCAGAGAAGAACAUCACCCUCCCAAGUCUGACCUGGGACCAGAUGGGCAGAUACAGGUGCAUCGCGGAGAACUCCGCCACCCAGGUCACCUUGUAUGAAGAAGUCCACGUCCAGGCACCCUGGCACCGGCCUGUUGUCAGCAGAAGUUUCACCAUCUCAGGAUCCUUGUUGGUGCUUCUCAUCAUAUUCAUAGUUCUGGGCUUCACCCACUUCCUUGCGGUCUUGAUCCGUGCCCUGUUCAGACAUUACUCUACCAGAGGCCUACUGACCGGAAUCCUCACUGUGGGCUCCGCGGUCCAGCCUGUCUCUGGCCCUCCCACCCCCCUCCCCUGGGUGGGCUCGGGGAAAUUCGACUAUUUCCCUGCCCUCACCUCCAACUGGAUACUUCCAGGAGGUCCCUACGCUGUCCUGAAACCUCUGUCUUGA